GAAGGAGUUCUUGCCACAGAUCUGGAUCAAAAGAAUUCUAACAUUCUUUUGUGAUUAAAUACAGAUCUAUAAAUAGUUCAAUGCCACCUCCGCCCUGCAAUCUAUCAAAUCUGUUCAGACCGUCUAAUUCUCAGCCAUGUGGCCCAGUUUGGCUUCAAUCUCUUAAAGCUCGCCUCUGUCCUAUAACCCCCUCCCACAAACACCCCGGCGCUGCCUAGUGAAUAAUUGACGCGUUCUCCCUUCCCUCUCGCCUCUCAUCUCUGUGUGUCUCUUUCCAUCACUCUGUCUCUUUGUGGUGUGGAUCCUCCGGGCUGUGACGACCUCCCCUCCCCUCGCCUCCAUCUUGUCCAUGUUUCCACCUGCCGCCCGGCUGCGUGUUGACGACCGCCAGCAGGUGAAAACAGACGGGGCGAACACGAAAGCAGCUGCCGAGAACUUUGGCGCCAUGAAGGAGUUCCUGUUUCUCGUCUUGGCGGUGACGGAAGCGUCCUCCAGGUCUCGCAGCAGCUGGUGUGAGCCAGGCUGCGACUGUCGAGGCGAUCUGAAGUUCACCAUCUGCUCUCGGGCGCUCUUCGCCCAGCUGCCCGCCAGAGUCCCCCCUAACACCGAGCUCCUGGACCUGUCUGACAACCAAAUCUCCGCCGUCCCCGAACACUCCUUCGCCAAAACCCGCAAGCUCCGAGUCCUGCUGCUGCAGAACAACAACAUCAGCGUGGUGGAGGACGCCGCCUUCUCCUACAUGGAGUUCCUUCAGAAACUGGAUCUGAGCUGGAACCGCAUCUCCGCGCUGACGGAGGGUUUCUCCGCCGGCCUGGCUGCCCUGAAGGAGCUGCAGCUCGCCCACAACCGCUUGACGAGCCUGGACAGCCGCAGCUUCCUGCACCUGGACGCCCUCCAACGGUUAAACCUGACCGCCAACGGCAUCCGCACCAUCCAGGUGCGAUCGUUCUCUGCCAUGAGCAGCCUGCGGCAGCUCCACCUCCGGGACAACCGGCUGACGUCGCUGCGGAGCGGGACGUUCUCCAUGCUGCGCUCCCUGGAGGUCCUCAACCUGGCCGGGAACCAGAUCGGCGAGAUAGAGACGGGCGUCUUCAGACCGCUCGCCAGCGUGACGCUGCUCAACCUGGCCCACAACCGGAUGUCCACCGUCGACUUCAAGGCGUUCCUCGCCAUCCACGCGUACAGCGCCCACAUCCUGCUGGAGGGGAACCCGUGGAACUGCGACUGCGACCUGCAAAGGGUUUUCCGGAAGCUGCGGAGCAUUCAGAGGCUCUUCCUGGACGACUACUACAACCUGACCUGCGCCGAGCCGGUGGUCCUCAGGGACUACCGGCUGACGGACGUGGACACGGAGCUGUGCCUCGCCGAGACGGUCACCGUGCUCGUCAUCACCGUCACCGUGGUGAUAACGGUGCUGGCCGCCAUGCUGAUGGGCGAGAGGAAGAGGAAGAAGGAGAAGAGGAGGAAGCACUGGACGCAGCAGGGACAGCUUUCGGACGAGUCGGACUACUGAUGCGAAUUCUUCUUUCUUUUGUUUCCUUCUCAGAUAUAUGAACGAAACGCAAUGUUCUUAUUUACGCAGCAAUAUUUCCAGCCAGCUGUUGUUCAGUGGUGGAAUGUAACUAAGUACAUUUACUCAAGGGCUGUACUUAAGUCCAAAUGUUGAGGUACUUGUACUUUACUUGAG